AUGAGCGGUAAUGCAUUCGAGGGAAGCAUGAAUCCCGGGACUGCCGAAGAUCAGAAAAAGAUACACCUAUGGCUCGAGUCGAUCAUCUUUCGUUUUUUCCAUGUUUGGUCGCCGGUGAAUUGUCAGGAUAUGCUCAAAAGAUAUGAGAUUUUUGAAUUGUGUCUUCGGACAAGAGAGCUGUUCUGGUCGAAACCGCUCUAUAGAGAAGUCGAGGUUCCCGUCACCAUCGUCGGCGAUAUUCAUGGUCAAUUUGAGGAUCUAAAAAUGAUGAUGGAUAUGAAUGGGUGGCCAUUCAGUGAGGAUGAAGCAAAAGAAAUGUAUCGAAAUAUGGUAACAAAGAAUCGAAAAGAUAUAAAAGUCCAACUACCAGCCACUUUGGGAUCGGGAACCGAUCGUCAGAAGGGACCAAAAAAUUAUUUGUUUUUGGGUGAUUAUGUGGAUCGAGGCCCGCAUUCGAUCGAAGUCGUUUUGAUGCUGUUUGCGAUGCAUUUGAGAUGGCCAGAUCGAGUGACACUGCUACGUGGAAAUCAUGAAUCACGACCUGUGAAUCGACAGUAUGGAUUCUUCGGAGAGUGUUCGAGAAGAUAUAGUGAAAGGUGCGAAAAUGAUUUCUGUAGAGGGAUGAGAAUCGAAGGUUUCAGAGUCUACGAAGUUUUCCAGUUGGCAUUCAAUGUGAUGCCUCUCACUGCAAUCGUCAACAAGAGGAUCAUGUGUAUGCAUGGAGGGAUCUCAGAGGAACUUUAUGAUAUGAAACAGCUAGAUGCUCUGAAACGCCCUUUGGAUACCCCUGAUAUUGGAAUUAUCGCUGACUUGACCUGGGCAGAUCCUGAGACUGAAAUUGAAAUGUACAAGGAAUCGCCACGUGGCGCUGGCAAGAUUUUCGGAGCAAAAGCAGUCGACGAAUUCUGCAAACACUUCUCGCUUGAUCUGAUAGUCAGAGCUCAUCAAGUGGUUCAAGAUGGAUACGAGUUUUUUGCCGAUAAGAAGUUGGUGACUAUCUUCUCGGCUCCAUUUUAUUGUGGGCAAACGAACAAUAUUGCGUCGAUGUUGAACAUUGAUAGUGAUAUGGUCGCCUCGUUUAUGCUCGUCAAGCCAGUUACGGAAAUCAAAGAGAAUCUGAAUGUGGGAGAGAAAGCGGAGGAGGAGAAUCUGCAGUAG